GGUCCCGUAAAAAGUUGUCGGCCAUUUUGAUCGUUGCUGUCGUGUCAGGGUUUAAUUUUACUUUCUCAGAGCGAAAGCCGAGCUUUGAACACUCCGAAAUGGAAGAAACGGCACUGAAGUUUGGUCCAGAGUGGAUCCGCGCACUCACGCAGACUAACGGUGUUGCUGCCCCGGUCCCGUCGACCGGAGUAACAAAGUACAAGCUCGCAAAGUAUCGAUACGGUAGGGAAGAGAUGCUGGCGAUGUUUGAUCAAAACGUGCCUAUGCCGGAUUCGCUUCGGGAAUUCCAGCAACUGGCCGUGGAGAACACACAGCCGCCUCUAGCCCUGGUCACGAUGACGGAGGAAGAGCAGCGCGUCUGGGCGCGAUCCGUGAACAGUGAUGCAGUGCUACGGCUAACAGUGGGCAAAGGCGCUGUGCCCGGUGCGGGUCCCGGUCGAGGCGCCCGAGGCGGCUCGGUCGACCGGGGUCGCGGCCGAGGUCGUGGCAGCGGCUACCAGAGAGGUAUCGGCGAGGAAGAAGGUCAGUUCGGAGCCUUCAUUCGCCCGAGGCCCUUCGAGCGCAGCCACAGCCUCAGCGAGCGAGACCAGCGCUGGGACGAGCGAGACAAGAAGCCCGAGCGGCCGUUCGUGGGGCGCACCAGCUACGACGGGGACACGUUCAGAAAAGAGAACGCGCCAGCCGGCAGCGGAGGCGGCGGCUCUGUUGCGGGCACGGCCGCAAGCGCCGGCAGGGCGACCAGCGACAACUGGCGUAGCAGCAGUGGCAGCCACGCCGAAGAGGACGACAACUGGCGCAGCGGCGGCGGUCGUGCCGCCUCGUCCGAGAAGUGGAAGUCGUGGCGAAACCACAGCAAGGCUGACUGCGACGGCGACGAUGGGCCGCCCCACGCCGUCGCCAACGGACCCCUCAAGAAGGACCUCGGACGGCACUGGCUCGAGGAGCACGGCGGCGGGGGCAGUCACUCCUCCGAACAGCUGCCGGAGUGGAUUCAGGACCAGGGAGACACAGAGAAGGUGGGCUGCUUCGACGCGAAAGGCGCUUUCGUCGACACCAAAGACAGCGAGGAAGAAUCGUGGGAAAACGACUUACUGCCCGCUCCGCCUAAGUUGGAGGCACUUCCCAAACGCGAAGAGAAGCGAUCCCAAGAGCCGCCGCCUCCCAGAGUCAGUCAUCCGAGUGAGCCGUCAGUGGAGAAGCCCAAGUCGCCGCCUGCUCCCGUGCCCGUGCCGUCCUCGCCCCAGAAAACUGAAAGUGCGCCGCCUAGAAGCCCCCCCAAACCAAUCCCUCCUGCUCCUACGUUGCACACCGUUGCACCGGCGCAGAUGAAACCCGUCGAAGACGACGCUUCAAAGGUGGUCUCCACGUCGCCCAAGGACGACAGUUUCGCGCACCUCGCAAAGGCAGCGGAAAACAUGAUGGCCGAGUGGACCGCGGAAGAAGAGAAAAAGUACGUGUCACAGACGGUAGGCGGGGAACACAACCUGCCAGAACAUUUGUACAGGUGGUUAUACAAGGAUCCUCAAGGUGACAUUCAGGGCCCAUUUUCAUCGGCCGAAAUGAUGGAAUGGUUUCAGGCCGGCUAUUUCACCAUGGACUUGAUGGUCAAGAGGGUGUGUGAUGCGGCUUUCUCGAAGCUUGGAACACUGAUCAAAAGCUGGGAUGUCGUACCUUUCAUUGCUACCCAGCAACCACCACCACUCAAAGUUCCUCAUGGUGCCGAACUUGGUGUGCCUUCCAGUAUGGGCCUUGGAGGCCUCCCUCAUCCCGGGCUACCCAACAUGCCGCCAGGUCAGAUGAAUUAUGCACUACAACAGCAGUACAUGCAGGAGGUUUACAGAUUAGCUGCCAUGCAGCAGAUACAAAACAGCCUGAAGACAAAUGAGGCAUUUGCGAACUUGUCUCCAGUAGACCAGAACAGAAUCUGUUUGCAGUACUAUAUGGCCACCCACUCGUUGUCUAGACCUGCUGGCUUCGGCGACCAGACACCUCUUAUGAACUUGCUGAGCUCUGUGGGACCACCUCCUAUGUUUGGACUGCCUCCAUCGCUCAUGAAAGAUCCCCAGACUGAUGCAAGCUGGCCGCCUCAGCCAGUGACCACGGCUUCGGCAACUCCCGUGCCCGAGUCGAGGGGAACCAGUGUAUGGGACGCGGAUUCUAGUAUAGUGUCGGCAUCUUUGGCCAUGCCGGCACCGCCCACUAGAAACAUCAUGGAGACCUUGUGGCAACAGCACCAACAGCUGGCGUCGCAAAGCCUUCUGGCCGAGCAGAUGAGGGCAAAGGAAGAAGAGGACCGGCGAACUCGGGAGUUGCAGAAGCAGGCGCGGCUGGAGGAGGAGCGGCGGUUGAUGGAGGAACGGCGACUGCUGGAGGAGCGUCGCAAGGAGGAAGAAGAGCAGAAGAGGAGACAGCAAGAGGCAGAGGCGCUAAGGAAGGAGGAAGAGGAAAGGCGGAAGAGGGAAGAGGAAGAGCUGCGAAAGAGGUUAGAGGAGGAAGAACACCAGAGAAAGGUUGAGGAGCAGAAGCGAAAGCUUGAGGAACAGAAGAGGAAGCUGGAAGAGCAUAAGAGAAAGAUCGAAGAGCAAAAGAGGAAAGAAGAGCAGCGCCAACUGGAAGAAGAAAUGUUGCGACAGCAGCGGAUAGAAGAAGAGAGGAGGAGGGCACUCGAAGUUGAGAAGCGAAAAGAAGAGGAGAGGAGAGCCGCUGAGGAGGCCAGAAAAGCGGAGGAGAAGAAGCGGCAGGAAAAGGCCAGGCAAGCUGCAGCAACUGCCGCCGCCGUUCAAGCAGCAGCCGCAGCUCAAGCCCAGUCCACACAACCUGUAAAGAAGAGCCCCAGCAAGGUGUCCGUCAUAGAUGCCGAUGAGUUCAUGGCCCUCAGGCAGCCUCCUAAGCCUCAGCCAAAGGUGGAGCCAGCGAAGCCAGAAAAGCCGCAGGGUCCUGUGUGGGGCGGAAAGGCAAGCCAACCAGCAUCAUCGUCUGCUCUUUCGCUUGCUGAGAUUCAGCGGGUGCAGGAGGAGAAAGAGAGGAACUUGGCAGCCGAACGGCUCCAGCAGCAACGCAAGCAGCAACAAGCCAUGCAGCAGGCCAUGCUGUUGCAACAGCAACAGCAGCAACACAAGGCAACCCUCACAUGGGCGUCACGGGCGCAGGCCUCUUCCUCCGGUGCUGUGAAGUCCCUGUCCGAGAUUCAGCAAGAGGAGGCCGAGCGUGCCGACAAGAUGAAGAAAGCCCAGCAGCAGCAGCGGCAGCAACAGCAGAUAAUGCGACAGCAGGAAAGCAGCAUCCUGCAACUUGGGGGUGCCUGGGGAAGUUCCACCAACAACCUGUUGAAAUCGUUCAACAACAGCUUUCAGUAUCUCGACCUCGUCCCCGACGAAGACUCUUCAAGGGGUUUCUGGGACGAGGCUGCGACUGCAGCACCACCCGCUGCAAAGCCGGCACCAAAGCAGGCAGCGAAACCUGCUUCAAGCUUUCCGUCACUUGGAGGAGGCGCAUCUUCUUCGUCGUCCACUGGCCGCAGCUCCAAGGGCCAGCAAAGCAAGAGAGCCGAAGAGCAAGUGAUGAAGCUUUUCGAGGAGCACGCCAAGGCGGCACCCACUGACGAGCUGACGGCAUGGUGCGUGCAGAGGCUGAGUGGCAUCCAGUCGUACUUGGACAUUCCCACUGUAGUGGCUAUACUCAAAGACGUUGAGUCUCCGGCCGAGGUGCAGGAGUACGUGCACAACUUUUUCGGCAGCAGCCAGGACACAACGGACUUUGUGCGUCAGUUCCUACAAAAACGGGAGCAGUACCAAAAGGCGGGCUCCGCUCUCAAGACUGACGAAGCGUUCACUGUGCCAAUUGUGAGCUCAGCAUCGAGUGCGACAGGGGCUGCAGCAGCCACUGUCGCCAACGACGGGUUCAUGGCUGCGCGCUCCAAGAAGAAAAAGAAGAAGAUGCAGAAGGUGGACAGUUCCCUGCUGGGCUUCACAGUGCAGGCCGACCCGACGCGGCUCAAUGCAGGUGAAAUCGACCGUGUUGAAGGAUUGUAAAGGAUGUGGCUUUGUUUGCAUACAGCACAGGCACCCGCAGUUUGCCAUAGACAAAAGAAACAAAGGGAUUAAAUACGGACAUGUUGUAAAUACAAGGAUGCAUUUUCAAUUAUUUAUUGAAGAAAGAAGAGAAGGGGAGUGAGAGGACGGUAGCACCCCAACCUGUCUUGCUCUUGCUUUCCACAUUUUUGUUAAGGCUGCAUGUGCUGCAAGUGAGAGUAGUGACUUCCGUUUUUUUUUUUCUUAAACCCUUGCUCAUGCUGCUGUUGCUUGUAACCAGCACUCAAAGUUCAAAGCUUUAGUACGAAUUGUUUUAUUUGUGCUGCUGACGUAGUCACUUCUUCCAAGGCUGUGCAGAAAACUGGUUUUUAUGUCACAAUGCUUGUUGCUGUAACACAAAUUUUACCAUGUAGUGCUCAGGCCUAUAGGUCCACGUUUAAAGAUUGUGUGCACUGUGUUGGUUUAUCCAUGUUACCUUAUUGCUUUUUGUACUUAAACAGAAAUUGGUUGUCAUUUACCUCUUUAGUGUGACUAACUGUAUUAUGUCAUGCUCCCUUCCCUAUUCCCUGUGCCAAGCUGUUGCAUGACUGUGAUGACAUGCAAAGAAACAUGCUCUCCUUUUUUCCGUCUGUCAAAGCGCUUCGUUGUUGACCAGUGGUGGCAACAACUUUUUGCCUUAGCUCACAUGCAAGUCGAAAGCACGCAGCACUCUAUUCCUUUUAUGCGUAAAGCUUUUCAAGAGGCCGCAAACUGUGUUUUUCUUUACUGUAUGUCAAGACAGAGUGUGUCGCAGGAGUGAAUGCUUGCUGGCUGUAGCGUAGUUUUCUUAAGUGGUAAGCUGGAUAAAGUGCUUAAGGCUUGUGCCAGUGCCCUUUGAAAGCCUGCUUUGGUAAAUUUUGCUUAGUUUUAAGUUUUUAUAAGAAUGGGUCGCAUUUCUUGUGCGGAUAUAAAGAUGUAGUUACAAUUCUCCGGUGCUUAAUUUUUCUUUUAUUUAGUAGUAACCUGAGCCAGCUUAUCUAAUUGAAGAUCUGGCGGGGCAGCGGUUGACUGAUUUGUCUGGCACGCCAUUUUAUAAAUUAGCCUCCCAGAGUUUUGCUCAUUUAUUAGUAUGCACGCUGAAGGAAUUUUGCUCGAGACCGUUGUCUAAUAAGACUCUCGCUCUAUUUCUUCUGUUCUUUUUCUUAAGACACUUUUUUUUUCCUUCUGCGAGGUUCCUAGAUCACCUCAACCAUUAACAAAGCUGUCGUGUUCCCUCGCUGUGCAAAGAAAAACUCGUUAAACGAACACUCCUCAUAUAGCCACUCAUGUCCUUUCGUUUGCCGCCGCCUGUGCGGCACAUUUCUUUAGUGUUCCGUCAUCCCACUCCGAGCAUCGCAUUAAAAAGGAAAAAAAAAAAAAAGUGGUGGGCCACCGUUGAAUGCAAUACACCGCUCUGUACAUACAGUCUCAGCGAGUGCCUUAAGACCUGGUGUGUGUACACAGCUCCCUUCUAUUGUGUAAUUUUUUUUGUAAAAUAUGACGUGUUGUGUGAACUGCAUCACUGUACAAUGACAAGCGGAAAAAAGUCUAAAGCAACAAGAAAAGCCUGCUCGAAAUAAACCAUAUUGGUUUUCAUGCCA